GUUAAAUACGAACAGCUAAUGCUUUGCCAACCAAACUGCGAAAUCGCCGUGAAGAUCUGCGAUUGUAGACUUAUACACGCACUGUUACAUUUAGAUGUUACGACAGAAGUAGGAUUCUACGUACGGCGAGCUGCACAACUGCAUGGACACUUGCAAUUAAAAAAAUCAGUUCGUGUUAUUUCGCUCUUUAAUUCAUUAAUUAUGAACCACACCUAGCGUGACUUUAGUGCAUGUCAAAUUAUAAUUUAAAAAAAAAUGUUAAACUUUUCGAAUAGGUGCUGUAAAACUGUGAUUAAAUAUUGUACAGCUUUAAAAACUACCGGUCUUACUUUGGACGAGAAAAUGGCGAAAAGAGUAUUCGUGGACGGAAAUUUCAGAAUGUUACUAAAGCAUUUUUGUAUGGAAGGGACUGUGUUAGGGCUGAAGUAUUUUUAUUUGUAUCCAGAUAGAGUAUCAAGGUGCUUCUGGGCGGUAACCCUGAUACUCAUAGUGAUGUUCGCAUGCACAUUGACAUGGUUGCUAUACGGCCGCUUCAAUGAGAUGCCGACUCGCAUCACCAUCGAGAACCAGUACGAGCCCCUCGACACCCUCCCGUUCCCGGCCAUCACCAUCUGCUCUCCCAACCAGAUGACCCUGAGCUCUAUGAGACACUUCAACAAAACCUUGAUCGAUGGUAACACAACAGUGAACCUGGAGAAAGCCCUCCCCCAACUGCUGGGUUUCUAUUCGAGUAUCCCGGUUAUUGACGAUGAAGAACUGAGGCGUCUUCAGCGACUCAUUGACGAAAACCGAUACACAGUACCUGAGGUAAUGGGACUAAUGCCCCAAAGCUGUGAGAACUUCCUGAAGCUCUGCUUCUUCAAGCUGAAGAUGCACCCUUGCCGCGAGCUCUUCCGUCCCAUCCUGACCAAGCAGGGGCUGUGCUGCGCGUUCAACAGCGUCUACUGGUUCAAAGAUAAAAGACGAAAUGAAAAAAAUCCACACUUCAAGCCGCACAUGGCGACCACGCGGGGCAUCUACGACGGGCUGCGAGUCGUGGUGGACUACGAGCCCGAAGACGCCUUGCCGAGGACCUUGUUCCACGUCGGCGCUAUCAGGGUAAUGUUUACGGACUGGACCGAGUUUCCUGCUGAUGACGAGACUAACCUGGUAUACCCGCACGUUGAGGCCUUCCUCACCAUCCACGGAACCUAUACCUACUGCUCUGAAGAGGUCACCAGCCUGCCUUCUGAUAGUCGCCAAUGCCUGUUCGACUACGAGCGGCGGCUACAUUCGUUCGGAAAGUACCACAACUCCGACUGCGACCACGUGUGCUACAUCCGAGCCGUGGAGAAGCACUGCCACUGCGAGCCUGUGUACGUACCUCACGUGGGCGCACGGUCCUGUGACGUCACUAAGAUACGCUGCAUCAGCAAGGUCCCAGACCUAUCAAGCAAGGACGGCAGCAUGGACUGCAACUGCCCGCGAGACUGCGUGUCCAGGAUAUACACAGUUGAUCUGAGCCUCGGCAACCUCAGAGGGCUGCCCCACAUGGUUUACAACCCUUAUUCUGGCAUCAAAUUCAACGAAAGCACGACCAUCAUGCAGUUCUUCUUUCCUAGCUCCGUGUAUGUGAAGAAGAAACAGGAAACUGUUAUGUCGCUAAUUAGUUUGGUUUCCAACCUCGGCGGUAUAUUCGGCCUCUGCAUGGGCGUGAGCACGGUCAGCGUAAUGGAAAUUAUAUUCUACACGCGCAAGGCCGUCGAGAACUACCUCAGGAAGCGGCUGCGGCGCGCCGUGGAGGACCAAAUGCGACAAUAUAAGACUCGUGAUUAUUAAACGCAAAACGCAUCCUUACCCUCUCGACUAGAAAGCACCUGUUAACCCUACGUGCUACAGAUAGCCCCCUCUGCUGUGGGGCCCAUUUCUCGCCCGCGGGUGGUUGCCAAACGGAUCCCAGGCUCCAAGGGUUCAGCAUUCAUUGAGAGUGGAACUGUUCCUAACGCGGCGCAAACACCGAUGGUGGCCCGCGCGAAAGUUUUAAGGUACAAUAUGGCUUGCAGGUAAAAAAGUUUGGAGAGUCCUGACUAAUACGUCUAAUACCCUUCGAGAAAUGGGCCCCAGGGCGUGCAUGGAGACAGAAGAGACAGCUGUCCACGUCAUUCUCGAAUGCGCAGGGGUGGCAGAGUACCGGGCACAACACCUCGGUUCUCCGGGGUCUCUCCCAGAAGUCGUCGGCAACAUCAAGGGUCUGCUAGGCUUCUAGAUAGAAUGGGUUGGCAAGAGUAGUGCCGACGCCACCACGCAAAAUAGGCACAAUGAUAUGACGUUGAGUUGUGAAAACCAAGCCGACGAGUACCUAUAACUUAUAUCCUUACACUGUCAUCUGGGUAUUACCACAUCUAAUUGUGAGAACCUUACUAAAUUAUAAGUCAAUUUUUUGCGUUAUUCUCGAGAACGAUUAUUUUUGCUCUAUACGGUACGACCGAGGUGAUUGUUGACCACCACACACAAUAUAGAUUGUGUCAUUCACGAAGACCUGCCUUGACUCAUAUAGUCUUGUUAUUAAAUGUUAGAUUUGACAAAUCUGCGCGUCAUCGUGGGUGACACGAACUAUACGUAAGGUUAAAUUUUUUAAUGCCGUACGUCACGUAAUACCAAUACCUACUCACACGCCGUGAUGAUUAUAUUAACUCAUCAGCUCGUUUGUGGUGCGCGUCCCGCGGCCGCUGCUGGAAACCAUCGUGAGCGCGGACUUCUGGCCGGAAGUGUAUUUCAGCGGUUUCGUGGGAAUCUGCUGAAUCCCGCACCAGCAGGUGGCGCAACCGAAAUUUGCAUCGUCAAAAUGAUUUUUAUAUUUUAAGAUUUUUAUUAUUGUAGUCUGUAAGGUAUAUAUAUAUGGGCCAUAGUUGCCUGAAAAUAAAUGAUAUUUAAUCUUUA